GCCCUGGGCUGUUUCUACCCAUCUUGAAACACUUUUUUAACUCUCAGCCUGCUAGGUUGAAGCCUCGAGGAGAGCACCAUGUACUCGGCAAUCGCCUUUCUGGCUGCCAUCGCCGCAUCCAUCGUAUUCCUCACCCGGCGGUAUAAUGCUCUCUCACAUCUAUCUACAGCAUACCUUCAUCUUAGAUACCCUAUCAAGUCCGCAGACGGUAAAGAAGGUCUGCCAACAUUGCCAUUCAACUGGCCGAACGGCCAAGGCAACAUUGAGAAGUACCUGCGCGGUCGCGAGAACAGUACGAAAUGGGGGUCCCAAUACGGCUCCAUCUAUCGGAUAUGGUCUGGAUUCCAUGGCGAAAUCAUCCUGACCACACCCAAUGAUAUUGAGACCGUCUUCCGCGACUCGCACACCCAUCUCAAAGCCAACGCAAACGACAGCGGCCACUACAUGUACCAGCUUCUGGGCAUAUGCCUCGGGCUCGUCAGUGGUCAAGAGUGGAGGUCCUUGCGAAAAGCGACUGAAGCACCGUUUACACGAACCGCAACAACAACCUACGUUGAAGGCAUGAUGAACCAUGCAAAGCUACAUAUCGCUUCUCUUUGCGAGACCAAGCCUGAAAAGUGGCAGCUCCGGCCUUAUGCUGAUCUGAGAAUCUACCCUUUCCUUGCUCUCGCCGACAUUCUCUAUGGUACAAUAUCAUCUGAGCUGAAAGCGCGGCUCCUGGAGAUCAUCCCUGGACGAGACUCUGUUUUUGCACACAUGAUGAUGGGCGGCGUAACACGCUACCCUUGGGCGAAGUACCUGCCACUCAAAGCCAACCGCGAGAUGCGCCAAUUCAAGCAAGCAUGGGCACGCUGGAAUGACGAUGCCCACGCCGAAGCCAUGAACAAGGUUGAAAAAGGAGAAUGCGCUCCGAUCAUAGUCAUGUACCAAGCCGUCGCCAACGGAAGCAUAUCGCGCGAAGCACUCCUGCAAACCCUCGAUGAAAUGCUCUUUGCCAAUCUCGACGUGUCCAUCGGCGCACUAGCAUGGUCCUUCGUCUUCAUCGCCGCAUACCCCCACGUCCAAGCGCGCCUUCUCUCCGAGCUCAAGACCGCCUUGGUAGACCCUGAGAGCACUGAGACUUAUCUAAUGUCCCAAUCAAAUUACCUGCACCAUAUACUCCUCGAAGGCAGCCGUCUCCGCCCUGUCGCCGCUUUCUCUGUUGCCCAAGCCUGCCCCACUCAACGACAAGUUGGCACCUACAAUCUUCCCGCUGGCUCUAAAUUCGUCGUUGACGCGCACGCACUGAACGUCCGAGACCCGUUGUGGGGCCCUGAUAACACUACCUUCCGGCCUGAAAGGUGGGCUGAGGGUGGCGUCAAGCGGGCCAAGGAUGUGCGGUAUUGCUACUGGCGAUUUGGGUUUGGGCCACGAGUGUGCUUGGGCAAGUAUGUUGUGGAUUUGAUGAUGAAGGCGUUGAUUGUGCAGGUGGUGAGGGGGUGGGAGGUCAAGUUGGAGGAUGAGAAGGGUGGGGCGUGGGUGUGGGAAGAGGAUACGUGGGCGUUGCCGCCAGAGUUGAGGAUUGCGUGUGAAAAGAGACGGGAGCGAUGAUCAAUUUUGAUGAUUAUCAAGAGGUAGAGCGGCACGGAUUGGAUUCGUGCGAGGGCUGAGAAUAACUGUGAGUGAUUGAGAUGAGAUUAGAUUGAUUACCGAACGAACUUUGCAGCCUAGAGAUUAUCCGUCUUCUAAGGUCAUUACACG